AUGAAAAACACAAACGGCGGCGAACAAGAUGCGACUACAGUUGGACACGUGACUGAUAGUCUAGCGAAGGUCCUGUACAAGCCAUUGCUCGAAAAGGAAAUCAAGAUGACUUGCCGUGUAUCUGGCCAAAGCAGGAGUGCACCUGAAGGUGUACGGGUUCAAGGAGGAGGCAUCGAGAUUCCUUGCGUUUAUGGAAUUGGCGUCAAGAAAGGACUUAGAAGUCUAAGAAAAGAACUGAGAGACAAACUAAUACAGCUGUCCCGACCACUGACAAUACAAUCUAGGAAGACAUCCGGAGCCCACCCACGUCGCAGUUAA